AUUCUGAAAUGGUUGAUCGUGGUAAUAAUUUGGUGCUCCCAGUGGGUCCUUGUUCCUCGGAACUUACGGAGUCCCAAGCCAGCUUUGCUGCACCCAAAAUUAAGAAAGUUCUGCCCACUCGGGCAAAUCGUAUGGAGCAGUUCUUAUGGCAGGAGCUCUUUGACGAAUACAACCGACAGGCUUCGGCUCAAGUGGAUUUGGGUGAGGACCGCACCGAGUACUACGACCAAUUCUGUAAGGAUGUCCCACCAAAGAACGGCGAAACUGAGGAGGUUCUGAUUAACAAGUAUCCACUGUACUGCACCACUGCCGUUACCGUCUGGAAUCACGAAGGGGAUGUCACCCAGACUUUUAAGAGGAAAUAUUCUAUAACUCGACCUAUAAACGAGUGUACGGAAAAGUUUGCACUUUAGAUGAGAGGGGCUUGGGAAUUACGACCAUUUUAAACCCUUGAACUUAA